UUGUGCCGCCGUUGUCUUGCGCCGCCACAUCUCUGCACGUCGUAGAAGUUGCGCGCUAACGAUCGUCUUCGUGUUUCCUCUAAGGCGAGGCACGAGAGAGCAGCGAACGAGGCUAGAGAGUGGUGCCAAACACACGAGGAAAGCAAUCGCUGUGUGUUACGUGCGCGACGUCGUUACGAUCGUAUGCUGCGUGCGCAUUCUUCCCUGUUAGACAGAGACGUAAAUACAGGAGGUGAUAGAAAGAGAAAGAGAAAAAGAAAUAUAGUUUGAAGCGGGUGCGAAAUCCGACAACGGAUCUCAGUGUGCGUUCGUCUUGCGUGCGUCGUUUAUACGUGCGUGCGUUCGUGUAUAAGAAGAGACUUGUGAUAUGUGAAAAGUGCGUGGAAGAAGGCGGACAAGGCGUGUGAGAGCGCCUUUGCUUUUCUCCUGUCUUGAACACAAAAAAAAAAGAAGAAAAAGAAUAAGAAGGUUGAAGACGAAAAAUAAAAUUGGAUAUUCUGUGCGUGUGUGUCGUCCCUUCUUUGCCUCUCUCCGGUGUUGUGCUUUACCGUAAUCAGUGGGGCGCAAAUAACGGCGGAUAAAGUGAAAAGUAAAGUGUAUAGAGAAAAGAAGAGAAGAGAAUUAUUCGAACGUCGUCGACGUCGUUGUCGUUGCCAUUGCGUAGCAUUGUCGACGUCGUCGCCGCUGCCAUCGACAUUAUUAUUGUGUUAUGUUGUGUUCAUUUGAAGGAACAAACGAAAAGGUGCAAUAGAACGGAAAGAGACAAGAGAGAGAAGGAACGAAAAAGCGGGAAGCGAGAUUCUCAGUGUGUGCAUCAACGCUUCUCGCUCUGUCUACCGGCGGUUCUCUCGUGAGUUGUUCUCUCUCUCUCUCUCUCCCCCUUUCUCCCUAUUCAACCCCCUCUCUUUCUUUGACUUUCUUCGAGGAUUUCGCGCGAGGACGCGCACGAUAGAAAGAGAGGGAAAUAGAAGAAGAAGAAAACGGCGAAGAACCGAAAAUGCGAUACGAGAGUGGUGAGGCCGCCUAGCGUAGUAGCAUAUCGGCCCUAGCACGGCUACGGGCCCCUCUGCGAAGAGAGUUUUAGCUGUGGAAAAAUGGCGGCCGAUAACGAAGCCUCUUGCGCGAGUGACCCAAAUUUUGCCGUGAUCUGCUCCUUCCUCGCUCGUUUCGGCAAAUCCUGUGGCAUAGUCUAUCCAGACAUAGCAAGGUUGCAAGAGAUGAUUGAGAAUACGCAGGAAGUACCUCAACAAUUAGUAGAUUUACAUAUAAAAUUGCUAAGAAAAACACGUAAGACAGUCUGUCCUGAAAAGUGGGAACGAGCAUUGGUGAAAUUUUGUCAUACGUAUUCUAAUCAGGAUGGGUGGGAACUUGAACGUUUUGGUUAUAAGAAAGCUCGUAUUACUGUUAAAUUACGUCUACUUAAGGUACUCUUGGAAACUCAGUUUGAUUUGAAUCAAAAAUUUAAAAAUGAAGUAAAUAAACUUACAGCAGAUGAGUUGCGUGUGGAACCAUUAGGGAAGGACAAAACUGGAUUAGCUUAUUGGUGUCAAUUCGAUGAGGAGUGUAAUAUUAGAGUAUACAGGGAGGAUUUAGAUGAGGAAAAUUGGGAACUAGUAGCGAAAGAUCGAGAAGGUUUUGUCAAUUUAAUAAAUUCUCUAUCAAAUGGUGAAGCUGAAUCGAUACCAAUUAAUGAAGAUAGUAAUAGUUUAGAAAUAUCUGAGAAACCUAUUAUAGACACUGGUCAAGUAACUACAUCACCCAGUUUGGAGGAAAAUGAAGUUAUACAAGAAAAUGGCACUCAUAAUGGUAAUUUAGAAGAUAAAGUCGAACAAAAAGAUGCCCUUACAAAUGGUAAUGAUCAUGAAAAAAAUGGUAUUAUCGCUGAUCAAAGUAAUGCAGAUGUUGAAAAUGAUGAGGAAGAAAUAGAUGAGGAAGAGGAGGAAGAAGAAGAUGAUGAUGAAGAGGAGGAGGAAGAGGAGGAGGAAGAAGAGGAAGAGGAGGAUGAAGAAGAUGAAGAAGAAGAAGACGAAGAAGAUGAAGAAGAUGAAGGUGUAACUAAUGAUGAAAGUUCCAAACAAAAUACAGAAGAAGAUGAUUCCUUAGAGGUAGCACAAGGUCAAGUUACAGAAUCAAAUAUACAAGUUGCAAAUACUGUAAAAGUGACCAAUGGAAGUGCCCAUAUACCGAUUGAGAAAAUAAUUGCAAAGAAAACCUUACCAGAAGAAGCUAUUGUAUCUCAUACACCUGAUACUAAGCCUCUGGAAAUUGUUAAAUCUGAAAAUCUAAUAAAAUCAAAUAUCAAUAAAAUUACUAAUGAAGAAUUAGUACCUUUAAAAUCAAUAGAAACAUCUGUGAUCACUUCUCCUCUUAAACUUGUAAAUAUUGCUGAUUUGAAACAAAUACAGGAAGAAAAGAAUCCAAAUCAUAUAAUGCCUAUUAGUACCCCAAUAAAUAUAUCUAAAAAACAUAAUACUAUGGAGGAAACAACAGAAUCUGUAAUGAAAUCUUUAGAAAAAUUAUCUGGUAAAAAUAGCCUUUCUUUUGCACAUACAGAUAUUACAUCUGGACAUAGUAAAUUGUCUGUUAAACCAAUAAAUCAAUUAGCUGCAAAUCUUGUAAGAAUUCAGUCUGAAAAACAUGAAAAAUCUAGUGGAGCAAAGUCACUAGAAAAAAUAGCAGAGAAUCUGGCAAGAUCUGGAGGUAUACUUAAUUCAACAAUCAAUGGAGAUGAUGACAGGUUACCACAAGAUUUUUGUCCAAGAAGUCAACCUGAAAAACCUGCUAUACUUCGAGGACAUAGAGGCAUGGACUUAUCUACAUCACCUCGUAGUUGGGAAAGUGUGAAUGAACAAAGUAUUCCUGUGGAUUUUUCGGGAAGUAAUCUUUCUAGUCGAAAAUUCACCAAAAGUAUGGAUUUAUCUACACCUGGAUAUAGAUCUCAAAAUUUUCAACAUAGAGAAAUGGAUUUGAGUACUAAAAAAUCAAACAAAUCUGAUGUCCAAAAUCUAUCCUUUGAUUCUAGAGCAGUGAUGAUGCGUAAUCAUGCUAUGGUAGCAGACUUGAGUAAACGACAGAUGCCAUUUACAGCUUAUGAAAUGUCUGCUGCUGCAUAUCACAACAAUCCUAGAUUACCUCCUAAAGAAGAGCAUAGAUUAUCAAGCUAUGGGUUGCUUUCUGAUCCAAAUAAAAUAACUGCUUUAAGAAUGGGUUCAACUUCUUUAAAAAGGCCAUUAGAAGGGGAUGAUGUGCAGUCUGAUAUUUUAAAAAGAAUGAGGCCAGAUGUAAUACCUAUUAGAGGAUCCAUUGAUAAAAGAACAAUGAUUAAUAAUAGUUGGAGAGAAGAUAUAAUAGGUGAAGCGAUUGAAGAACCACUAAUGAUGGUUCAAGGUGAAGGAUCCGGUAGUGAUUGUGAUGCUGUUAAUCCUGGAAUUGGUGAACCUAUAGAAGAACCUGUUAUGGUAUUCUACGGUGAAGGUUCUGGAGUUGAAUGUGAUACAGGUAAUCCUGGUGAUGAUACGUCAGCUGAUAAUAAGGAAAGUAGCAGUCAGUCCAAAAGUGAAGCUGACUCAGCGACUGCAAGUUUAUCUUCAAGUGAAAUCUUAAAUGAAGAAAAUCUAAUAAAGGAAGUUUCAACUGCUUCAGUGGAGACAAGUAAAAGUCCUGUAAGGUUUAAUAGGAAUUAUUCUCAAUCUAAUGUCGAUGUUAAUGAAAGCCAAAUAGUAGGCUCUACACAAGAAAAACCAAAAUUUAAACCAACUCUGGGUGUUCAAACAAUUCCGAAAAGUACAAGUGGUCCUAUUAAACGGUUAUCGAGGUGGGAUGUAGGUAAACCUGCAGAAAAAACGGAAUGUGACAGCAGUAUCAUAUCAAAUGAAGAAGACAUAUCACAAAAAGAACAGUAUUUUCCCAAAGAAGGCACUAGUAAUCAGACAUGUAGUAAUACAAAUGAAAGCACUUUACAAACAAGCGAAGAUUUAUCUUUGUCAAAAGGUAGCUUUGAAUGUCUUUCUAGCACUGAUAAUUUAAAUGAAAAAAUGAAUGCAAAUUCUUCCAAUGAAGUUAGUGCGCUAGAUCAAAAUAGUAUAGAAUCUAACAUUACUGAUACAGAUGCAAUUGAUAGCAAUUCCACAAAAUCUAAAGAAAAUUCUAAAUUAUUGGAAACUAUACAAUGUGAUUCCUCUAUAUCUUCAUGCCAAGCAGAUACUUCAGAAGUUUUAGAAUCUAGUACAAACGCUAUACUUGUACCCUACUCAUUAAGCAGUGAAAAAGUCUCUACAAACGUUUCAGAUUCAUGUAGCAUAGUUACACAAAAUUCAGAAUUUUUACACAAAAUCGAUAACGAGUGUAAACCAAAAUCUGCAUCACCACCAAGAUUUUUUUUUGGACCAAAUUGCAUUUCAUAUACUUCAAAGUCCACAGAUCUGGAAACUCAAUCGGAUCAAAUUGUCACUACAUCGAUUCAAUGUAAAUCUGACACGCUACAGUAUGAAUGUGUUUCUUCUUCUAAACCUUCAGAAGAUACACUGCUGUCAUAUAAAUCAGAAGAAUUUGAUGUUACUCAAACAAAUAAUAAUUCAUUAAAACCUAGUUCAUUUGAUUCUCAUAAUAUAUAUUGUACAAAUGACAAGAGAGAAAAACUCGAAGGUUCAAGUCAUGCAUGGAAUUCAAAUGAAGAAAGUGUCAGUAAUGCCAUUGAUCAAUCAAUAUCAAGAACAACUCAUCAAAUAGAUGAUUUACAAUCCAAUACUGUACAAGAAUCGGAGGAAACUACUGUAAAACUUGAAAAAUCUGAAUCCACAGAUAUUGUUUCGCAAUCUUUUAUUACUAAUAAUGUAAAUGUAACAUUAAAUACAGCAGAAUCAUUAACAAAUAGUUCAGAUCUUCAGCAUAAAAAGAACAUAGUGAUUGAUAAUGAUAUGAAGACCGAGCAUGUGACACAAUACAAUGAAAACACUCCAACUAAUGAUCAAUCGAGAUUUAUGGAUGAUAGAUCUUAUCAAUCAACAAAUGCUGAAAAGGAUGCCAAUCUUAAUAUAUCAGACAAUAUAAAAGAAAUCGUAGAAUCACCUAGUACUUACUCUGAGAAUGAAGCUGAAUAUAAAUCUUUGAAAAAAGAGGAAACUUCUCAUGAGAUUAUAGAAAAAACAGAAUCUGAUCCUACAACAAAUACGUGUAUGUCACCUUGUAAUAAAGAUCGGGAUCAAGAUGUGCAAAUGGAAUCUAAAAAUGUACAAGAAUGUGCAAUUGAAGAAGAUAAUACUAAUAUGUUAGAAUCUACAGAUUUAAUUUCAUCUCCAAAUUUCCAAGAAGUACACAGUUCUGCUGGAAUACAAGAAAUAGAUAAUGUUUCUGAUGAAUUUCAAGCUCUUAAAAAAGACGAKGUAGAUUUAAGCAGAGAAAGUUAUGAUAAACACAGUGAUAAAAAUGAUAAUCUAUCUGAAUUUGAUAUGCAAGAAGAGCAAUCAAUGGAUACUGAUACUGAAAAAAUGAAAGGACAAAUUAGUUCGGAUGCUGAUUCAAUGUCAGUAAAUUAUGAUAAAAAUAGUGAAAGAAAUGAUACAUUGUCAGAUUUAGGAGUACAAGAUGAAGGUUCAGGAGAUUCAGAAGAAAUUAAAGAGAAACAAUUAACUAAUUCUUUUAUCAAAACAAAUGCAUCUGAGGAUAUUCCUGAAUCUGAUCUUGUAGAUAAUGCAACUGUUAGCAGUUCUGCGUGUAUGCAAGAAUAUAAUAAAGAAUCAUUUGCUUCUGUUAUAAGUAGUUCAAACGAUGGAUCCGUUAAAAAUAUAUUUUUACAAGACAAUAGUAACAUACCGAUAGUAUCUCAACAAAUUGAUAAUUCAUUUUCCGCUAAAACAAGUAACAGUGCAUUUAACGUACUAGCACCAAUAGCAUCUAAUAUUUCUAUUAUAAAAUCUACUGAAAUUAGUAAUAUGCCAUCAUUAAAAGAAAAUUAUUCAUCUAGUAUUGAUCAAAGUGUGAAUGAGUAUGCUGAUGAUGUAUCAGAAAAUCCAAGUUCUUGUAUAGAUCAAGAUUCAAAUGAAGAUAUGAUAAUUGAUUGCAGAAUGUCAGAAUCUAAUGAGUCCUCAAAGGAGGUAGAAGAAACUCCACCUAAUGGUGAGAAAUUAGUAACACCAUCCGAUAGUGAUAAAUCAACAGUUAGCAAUGAUAAUUUGUUGAAUGAUCAAAAUAUAAGAAAAGAAGAUAAUUUUUGUAUGCCAAAUGAUUUACCUCUUAUCACAGAAAAUCAGAAAAUUGCAUUAGAUACUUCUAUGACAAGUAAUAAGGAAAGUAAUUCCCCUAUUACUGCAGACAUUUUUGUUGAACAAAAAGAUUCAAACAAUAAAACAAAGGAUAAAGAAAGUGAUAACGUACAAAUAACUGAAACAUAUACAGAGAAAUCUGAAACGGCCAUAAAUAAUAGUAGUUAUGAAAGUACAGAUAUAAAAUUGAAAGAAGAUAUGAGUAAUACUGAAAAACAAAAUGUUGUACAAAAUGAAAUAAAUUUAAUCUCAAAUGAAUCUGAAAAGAGUUCAGUUAAUAAGCAAUCUUUAGUUGCAAAUUAUGAUAGUAAUGAUUCUAAUGAUGAUGGCAGUGACGAUGUUUUUGAAGCAGACACAUUAGAGGAUUAUGAAUCUACAGAUAAUAUUCCUAAUUGUUCCGUAGAAGAACAUACAAUAAAUGAUAAUAAAAUAACAGAAAACAUAAAUAUUGAACGAGAAUGUACAGAUGAUAAAAAAUAUAUAUUACUUGACGAGUCACAGCAAUUUGUACGUGAUAAAAAAGAGUUAGAAUCAAACUUACAAAUUGCAACUGACAAGGAUUUUACUAAAAACGACAUAGAAAAUAAAAAGGAAAUAUGUAAUGUUAAUUCAGAUGAAGUAAUUAAUAUUUCCAACAACAAAAAUAUUGAAGUAAGUUACAAGUGUGAUGAUAAUAAAUGCAGUGACAUAAGUAAAAAUGAACAAACAAUCAAUGAGUCAAGUACAGAUGAAUACAGAAAGGAUACAGUAUUACAUAAUAUAUCUUCUCUUGAUAGUUCAAGUAAAGUAAAUAAUACUACAACUAUUCUAACAGCAUCAUCAGAUCAUUCUAACUUACAAACAUUUGUAAAUGAAAAAACUGAAGCAGAGUUUCAAAUUACUUCUAAUCAAAUUGUCAAAGAAUAUAUGAACAAUACUGCUAAUAAUAAAAGCGUCUUAGGUGAAAACACAAUAAUAAAAUUACAAAAUGAAAGUAAGCCUUCUAUUAUUCAAUCGGUGCAAGAUAUAGAUAACUCUGUGUUUGAAAAGUUAGAUAGUAACAAAAAUACAGACAAUACAGAAAAUACUUCUAAUUUAAUACAAGUUCAAAAAAAUAGUGGAUCAGGUGACAUUAAUGAUCAACCAACAAAUAUAUUAGAUAAUACUGUAAAUGUUAUGGGUCAACAAAUUAUAGAAAAGAUAAACGAUAAAGAUAACGUUGCUAAAAGCAAAGAGAUAACAUCGCAAGUUGCAGCAGAAGUAUUAUUAAAAUCGCAACAAUAUCAGGGAUUAAAAACUAACUAUCUUGAAAAUGAAAGUGAACAAAAUAAAUUCGAAACAAAAGAAUGUAAUUACAUUGAUAAUUCUGUAAAUGAAUCUAUUGCGGCUGAAACAUGUAAUCAGUCUGUACCAAAUACCUCUACAAUUAAAUUAGACAAUGAUAUACAACAAGCAUCACAAAGUUUUGAAACUCAUUCAUUAGUACAGUUAAAAGACAGUAAUAUUUCUGAUAAUAUCAACCAUACAAAUUUCAUUGCUAAUAAGCCAACUGUUUCUUACGAUAUAAGUGAUGAUAAAAGUAAACAGACUGAUUUUAUUAAUAUUUCCAAUACAAAUAAAGAUAAUAUUUAUACAAAAUCUGUACUCAAUAUACAAAAUACCAUAACAGCCUGUACUAGACCGGAACCAAUAUUUGACAAGAAAGAAGAAAUAUUGGGAAUUUUAAGAAAUGACGUUAAGAAAGAAGGCAAUAAAAGAGCAAGUGAUAUUUCAGAAAUAGAAGAUGUUCCACCGUUAAAAUCUAAACCACCUUAUAUAAAACCUUUUGUAGAAACUUUAUCUACUGAUAUAAAAUAUAAUUCACAAUCAGAAACGAAGAUAGAAACGGUAAUGGAAAAGAAAGAAUUAAAACUUGAAAGCAACAUAGUGAAUAAAGUAAAUGAAUCUUUAAUAAUUCCACCUAUCACAGAUGUAUACAAUGCAGCUGUAAGUAAUAUUGAAGCUGAAGAUAAAUUUAAAAAGGAUUCUUUACCAACCGAUAAUUUAGACGUAAAUAAUAAAAAGGAUCUUUCAGAAGUUAAAAAUGUUGAAGUAAAACCAAUUACAGUAUCAUCAGAUGAUUCUAUGGGAGGUGAUCAUGAAGAUGUGUUUGAUGCACCAUCAGAAGAGCCUGAUCCACUAGCUUGUGCCGAAGAUGAUACAUUAAAAGAUUUAAAUAUAAACAUUGGUGAAGAUAAUAGUAAUACAAAAAUAGCUAUUCGUGUUAAAUCAGUUUCUGAACUCGUAUAUGAAGGUUGGAAAAUGGAUGAUACAGAAAUUCCAAAAGUUUCACGUAAACGACGUAAUAGUGCACAAGAUUCGAAUGUCGAAGAAUUAGGAGAAAAACAAGAGGAGGAAGAAGAAAUGAUGGGUGGUAAAAGAAUAAAAUUACGUGCGAAACGUAUACCAGAUAAACAAUUGCGUAAAUCCGUCGAAGAGAGUCGCAUUGUAACAAUAAGUUCAGAGGAUGAGGCUGUGAAAUGUAAAAUAGCAGAAGAUAAUAAAGAUUGCAAUAAUGAUGAUGAUGUUAGGAUUACGCGUUCUAUUCCAAUGGGACGUAAAAAUAGAGGACGUCCAAGAGGAAGGAGACGACGUUGCAGAGGCGGUGGACGUUCACGACCGAAGCAUUCAGGAGGAGUAAAUGUAAACCAAACAUCUGAGGAAUCUCCUAACGUAAAUCUUGAGGGAACACCUACCAAUGCUUCUUCAUUAGAGACAACACCAUCUUCAUCUCAAAAAAAGAGAAAGAAAAGAAAAAUGGUAUUGGGUUUAGAAAUAGGAAGGGAUAUUGCACCUGAACAACAAGAAGGUGUAUUGCAAGGUGAAACACCUGUUAGGCAAUCAAGAAGAAUUGCCCAAUUGAAGAUUAAAGAGGCAGCAGAUAGAAGAAGAAUUGAAGAAGAAACGCUAAUUGAUGUUAAAGAGAAAAAAGAUACUACAGAUAAAAAAAAGCGAAGGAAAAAAAACGAAAGUGAAGAAGAAGUUACGAUGAAAGAAAUCGAUAAGGAUAUAAAAUCCAAUCGAAAACGAAAAAAGCGAAAAAAGAAGAAAAUGCUUGCAAAAUUUAACGAAGCUAAUCCAUGGCAAAGUUCAUCUGGUUCUAGUUCUGAUAAUGAUAUUGACAAUGAAGAUGAAGAAGAGGAAGAGGAAAUAGAAACUGAAGGAUCUUUACUUUUCAAAAGUGAUCACGAAUUUUCACCAGAAAGUGACCUUGAAAAAGAUCAGGAAUCCGAACCAUUAAGAAGAGCUAGAACUGCUCAAAAAGCUCAAAGUGAUGUUGAAGAAGCAGAUGAUGAAUAUGCUUGCCAAAAAUGUGGCAAGGCUGAUCAUCCCGAAUGGAUUCUUUUAUGUGAUUCUUGUGAUAAAGGAUGGCAUUGCUCUUGUUUGAGGCCUGCACUCAUGUUAAUCCCAGAAGGUGAUUGGUUCUGUCCACCAUGUCAACAUAAUAUAUUGGUAUCUAAAUUACGUGAAAAUUUAAAGACAUAUGAUCAAUUGUCAAAACGUCAUGAAAAUGAAGUAUUACGAAAAAAAAGGUUGGCCUUUGUUGGUAUAAGUUUAGAUAACGUCUUACAAAAGAAUGAAACACAACGUCUUCAAAAGGAUUUAAAAGAAUCAAGCCAAGAAUCUGAAAAUGAGUCUUCAUCGGAACAAUCAUCAUCUGCUUCAAGUUCGGAAACAUCUAGCAGUGAAGAAAGUGAACCGGUUUAUCAAUUACGAGAAAGACGUUGCGCAAAUACUUACAAAUUUAACGAAUAUGAUGAUAUGAUUAAUGCUGCAAUUCAAGAUGAAGUUGAAGCUGUCCAAGGUGCUGGUAAUCAGGGAAGAGGUAAAGACAUCGCGACAAUAGUUAAUGCUGAAAAAGAAGAAGCACAGCUUCAUCAACAAGUUGAAGCAUUGCAAACGAAGGACGUAAAUGAUGAUAAAAACGAUCUUGAACAGAAAUCUGAAAGAGAAAGCGACGAGGAAUAUAAAGUAGAAAAGGAAGAAGUCGAUGAGGAGGAAGAAGAAAGGAAAAGAGUUAAUAAACGAUUAUUAGCACGAAGGAAGCAUCGUAAAUUGAAUAGCUUGGAUAUAAGCAGCGAGGAUGAUCCAGAAAGUGACGAAGAUUUCAAAGGAACUAGUUCGGAUGACGAAGAAGAUUUUGACGAUCAUAUGACAUCAUCAGACGAAAGUAGUUUUACUGAUUCUAGGCGUCGUGGUAGAAGAGGAGAUUCACGUCCUGUUAGAAGAUCUACCAGAGCCAGAAUAACGACUACCUAUGAUCCAGACUUUAUUAAUGAUGAUAGUGAUGAGAGUGAUAGACCAAAAAGGAAAAAAUCUCGAUCUGUAUGGGAAAAUUCAGAUAGCGAAGAUAGUGACAAUUCUUGGAGACAAAGAAAAAAGAAGAGUAGAACUAUACCAACUUCAAGAUACAGGACAACUUCUAAAAUAAAAAGUAAAAAGAAAAAAAAGAGAAAACGUAUAAUAGAGUCAGAUAACCAAAGUGAUAACGAGGAGGAAGAAGAGCCACGAAGCAAUGAUAAUUAUACGUCUGAAAAUGUAGAUACCGUUCUCCAAGAAGGAGGUGAAGAAGUGGUGUCUAGUAAGGUUGAAAACGUAGAGAAUAUUGCUGAUCUUGAAAAUGUCGAAAAUACCGAGAAUACGCACAAUACUACUGAUGCUGUGAAAACAGAGCUGAUAGAAAAUACUGUUACAAAUACGGACACAUUGGUUCUUCCACAAAUCGAUGAAAUUGCAGCUCAAAAAAAGAAAAAAGAAAAUGUACCCAAACAGAAAAAGGCUCCAACUAUUAGACGCAAGAUUAUAUACGGUGGUUUACCAGACGAUAAUUAUAAUAAACAGGAGGAGGAAGAAAUAUUAGAUAGACGUAGUCGUAGACGAGGUCGUAAGGUCAAUUAUCAAGAAGCAACAGCAACGGAUAGCGAGGAGGAAUUAAAAAAAGCUAUUAGGAAAACUGUAGAAAGCGAAGACGAAUUUGUUGUUAAUGAAACAGAUGACAUAAACGAAGACGCAGAAAAAGAUUCUGAUUCAGAUAUCUACACUCCUAAAAAAGAAGCAACAAAAAUGAAAAAUAAAUCGCCAAAAAGUAAAAAACCAAGAAAAAGUAAAAGUCCUGCGGCAAAUCGCAAAACUUUGGUUGAUGGAGUUCCGAAACCGAGGAAAAAGCCUGGACCAAAACCUGGAAGUAAGAACAAAGCACGAAAAGAGAAACUAUUAAUGGGUUCGGUAAUAAGAUCGACAGAUGGCCCGCACUUAGAUGAUAAAGAUGUUUUAUCUCAUUCAAUGGAUAAUCCAAUGGGAGAAUUAACGUCGAAAAUCGAUGAAGGUCUUCCGGAUAAUGUUGGAUUGACGGGUACAACAAUAUCAGUAGCUAGUUCCUUCACCGGAGAUGUUCCAGAAGGUUCAUUGGGAGGUCUUGGACCCGGAGAAUUGGCAGAUUUAGACGACGAACAACUAGAACAAAUAAUGAUGGAGGAUGAAGAAUAUGGUAGACGGCAGUUGGAGUUAGCGGCUGUCGAAAUAGCGAAGAAAAAGAAGAAAGAAGAACGAGAAGCUAAAAAAUUAGAGAAAGCACGGUUAAAAGCAUUAGAAAUUUUGGCUGCUGAAAGACAGAGAGAUCCAAACGCUCCCGAAGGAACCGAUGGAGAAGUACCUAAGAAAAAGAAACGAGGUCGUCGUAGUAAAGCUGAAAUACUUGCCGAACAGAUGAGAAGAGGUGGAGCUCCAACUUUGGGAUCUCCUGGAUUGACAAAUACGAGUCCAGGUGUUAUGGCAGCCAACAGCAGCAACUUGAUUGGAAUGGAUGUAUCGAGUAACGUAUCACCUAAUAUAAACCCUAACUUACCCACAGUCAUCACACCUGAGGCCGACAGGACACCUGAAGGGCAUAUUCCAAUGAUGACAGGACCAGAUGGGCAGCUCUUCAAUCCCGACGGAACACCGAUGAAGCCAAAACGGAGAGGUCGUGGCAAGGGUAAGAAAACUCUUGCUCUCGAAGCUGCCAGGGCCGCGGAAGCAGCAGCAAAAGCCGCGGCUGAAGCUGGUUUGCUCGGCAUGGGCACGGAUUCGAAUCCAGAAGUUAAGUCGAGCGAUAUCCCAAACGUACUUCCCACUCCAGGUAGCAGUACUUCCGGCUCGGCACCGUCCACACCACCAGCGAGCGGCGUACCCACGCAGUUGCCACCUUCGACGCAACCGAACGCGCAGUCUGUCUAUUCAUCUCUUCCGCCCGGUCAACAGUCUUCCGUGAUCACGAGGAUGUUGCAGUCACAACCGGUGUCGUCUAAUAAUCCGCAGUCGUUCACAGCAGCGGCGGCUGCAAUGGGUCAUAAAUAUUUCGGUGCUCCAAAUGCAACUGGACAAAUGAUGACAGGUCCACGAACUGGUUAUGAGAUGCAGCCACGCGGUAGGAUACCUUCGCCAUACAGACAGCCAGGGCAAACUUCCAUGCCACCUCAUUUUGCGGCUGUAAGGUCUGGCACACCACCCAUGAGAAUGAGAGUUCCAGGACAAAUGUAUCAUACGCCUCAUCAUCCUAUGGAUCCCUCUCCAUCAGGUGGUGGUCCUAUAUCCAUAAGUAGUCGAGACCGCAGUUCUCCUUUGGCACCGGGUCCUCCACCCAUGAUACCACCUGCAGCCGGUAGUCCAUUGGCUAAAGGUGGACCAACGCCACCUCCACCUUCUUACGUAAGAGGUGGUCCACCGAUCUCCAGGUUUACCGAUAAUCCUAUGGGACCGAGGCAUCAGAUGCCACCAUUUACGAAUGCCUCGCCGGCUAACCACGCGUUGCAACAACCUUCUCCACCUCCAAAUAGACCGCCAGGAAAUUUCUCGCCGUAUCAUCCACCUCCACCACCCAAUUAUCACUACGGUGCUUAUCCUCCUCCUCCGCCUAUGUCUACGGCGGACGAUGCAGCAGCUUAUCAAGGUUCGCCCUAUCCUACGGAACAUUUUUCGUCUCCCGCGGAUAAUCAGCCGCAGAUUCAAGCACCUCCGCAACCGCAACCUCCACCGUCUCAACCACCGCAGCCACAACAACCAUCGCAAACGCAUCCUAAUGACCCGGCUACUGUUGCAAAUAAACAAUACGACGAUGAAGGUACUGGGGAAUUUGGCGGUUUGGUGUCUUAUUUCAGUAGCCAGAGGGAGGACGAUUUGGAUUCGUAGCAUGAGUGAAAUCUUGGCCAACCCUAAAACGUUUUUUAAGUAUAAAUCCUUUAUGCAGGAUUUACGUUUUAGUUCUCCUUCUUAAAGUGAUCUCGGCUCUUGCAUAGAAAGAAGAAUCUUGAGAAAGACAGGUUUCUGAUAUCCUAUUGAUAUAUUUUAGCCCGUAGGUACCAUCGCAUUAAUCAAUCCUUAUCUUGAGGUUCUUGUUCCUGAAACUUCAAAGAAGUGACAGAUCCAUAUUAAAUUGUUCAUUUGUUUUCUACUUUUGAUAAUUCGUUAAACGAAGCAGAUCGUUCGCUAUACUUUUUUAUAAUAGGAUAAGGUAUUAUUAUAUUUAAACGUAUUCACUUAAAAUCUAAUAAAAUCGUGUGACGUAGAGAAUAUAUACAUAUAGCGACAAGAUCAAAAAUUGCAGUAAUGAUCAAAACGAAAAAUAUACAAUACGCAGAAAAUUUGAGAUUUAUUUAUAUUAUUGUUUUUCGUUAUAGAUCUGCUUCGUUAAACGCAUAGAAAAUAGAUAACAAAUGAACCAUUGGUGUGCCUCUAUUCUUGAAGAACGUUCUAAUUCGUUAUACGAAUCGUAUCAAAGUAAGGGUCGAUUGGACGAUAAAAUUCGUAUUUUACAAUUAUUCAAAUUGUAGUUACGGGUUAAACGUAGUUAUAUCAUACAUCAUGGUAUUUGAAAAUGAAUUGAUGGAAGUAUUUACAUAAUGUAAUGAUAUAAUACUAUCUAGUGUUGUUUUAUACGCGUAUGUUAACGUCUACAGUAUAUAAGAAUGUGUAAAAUAGAAGUUAGGAUCGUCUUUCUCUUGGUCCUCUUCAGCAAGUAGUCGUUUCAAAAAAGAAAAACAACAAAAGCUUUUGCACUUUGGAUCUGAAACAUAAAAAAGAAGUCGUAGAAACUAAACAACCCGAGGUUGGUCAAGUGUAAUAAAGUUUGGAGAAAUGUCCGAAUCGUUAACAAUGGAGCCUAUUUUUUAAGGAUUAUAAGCUUUUUGUAAUUAGUUUCAGUUCGAUUGAAUUAAUAUAAAAAGUAAGUGACCAUAACUUUGUUCAACGUUGAAUGUAUUGUAGAAACAUUCGUUAAGGAGACUGAUCUGAUUAGAAUUUUAACCUUUUCCCGUUCGUUUUCGAACUCAUUUCUUCUAAUCAGGUGCAUCUUUUUACGAUCAAUGCAUUCCUCGUUGAACAAACGUUAAUAAUCUUAUUAAAAACAAAAAGAAUAAGAAAGAAAAAAAAUAUUAUUG